AUGGAUGAACAACAUACAAGAAAAUCUAUCCUCCCCUUCUCCGUACGUCCAUCCCACUUCACGUUGAUGACAUUAAUGGCUCUACUGCUCCUGAUUCUGAAUUUGUAUGGCAUAAUGCAUGAUAAAACUGCAAUUAUUAUAUCUGAAUCCAAAUGGUGGAGAUAUCCAGUACCAAAGUUUAAUCACACCAUGGGGCAGAAAGUGGAAACCAGGAAUCUCCAUUGGACCGACAGGCUGGUGCAAUAUGGCUAUCAGAAUCACAGCUUCACCCCUGAAGAAAGGUCAGAGGGAACACUCCUUAUGAAAAUGAUCGAAUGGCCAAAACCAACCAGCUCUGCUGUACCCUUUGAGAAAAGCAGCGACCCAGCACAUAUUCGCUUUGUAAUUUUAAAUUCUGCAAAGACUUUCUAUGUGGGAGAUCAGUUGCAAGUGAUGCUGCAGAUGUAUGAUUUUGAAGGUCACCCAAAGCGAUAUGGAGGUGACUAUCUCCAAGCUCGGAUCCACACCCCAGCUUUAAAAGCUGGUUCAGCAGGAACGGUUAUAGACAACCAAAAUGGAUUUUACUAUAUCAAUUUUAAUUUAUCUUGGCCGGGGAAAGUUGAAAUUUCUGUUUCAUUGGUUCAUUCCAGCGAAGGAAUUCAAAUACUUAAAAGGCUACGUGACGAACGAAUGGCAAGGGUAUCUUUUCAAAGUACCUUCAAGAAUGGUAAUAUUUUAGAGACCACUCAAUGUAAUCUUUAUUUGCCUCAAACUGAGCCACUCUGUAACUUUACUGAUCCCAGGACUGGGGAGCCCUGGUUCUGUUAUAAACCAAAGAAUCUUUCCUGCUCUGCUCGUAUCAAAUGUGGCUUAGCAGGAUUUGAUAAAGGUCUCUUAAUUGGAGAAGAGAAGCGUUACUUCCAAAGUCGUAUCAACCUCAAGCAGAGCAUAUUACCCAGUGGCGCAGGAUACAUAACGGUAGAGCCUUCACCUCGACCGAUUCCGGCUCUUGGAAAAUGUGUCCGGGGACGGCCCAUGGUAUCACCAUCUGGUUUUUAUUAUAAGGACCAGUGGAGGUCAACAACCUGUGAUAUUUUCCACUUUGACACUCCUACAAAAAAGACAGACUGUCUUCGUAAGAAACAUGUUUAUCUGAUUGGAGAUUCCACUAUGCGCCAAUGGUUUGAAUAUUUGAUUCAAUCUGUUCCAGGUCUUAAGAUGUUGGAUCUUGGUAAUCCUAUCAAGAUUGGUCCUCAUCUUGCAGUGAACGUGGAGAACAACAUUGUGGUACAAUAUCGCCCUCAUGGUCUUCCCAUCCAAUUCCGCACCUUCCCAAGACAUCUGCGUUAUGUUUCAAAUGUACUGGAUGAAAUUAGAGGAGGAGGAAACACAGUUAUAGCCAUUACCUUAACGGCCCAUUUCACCCCUUUUCCUGUCGAAGUCUACAUUCGGAGAAUACAGAAUGUCAGGAGGUCAAUUUUACAGCUACUCGACAGGAAUCCGGAUACACUGGUUGUAAUAAAGACGGCCAAUGUGCGGGAAAACCCCCCACAGAUCAUUACCUAUUACAGUGACUGGUACGCAUAUCAAAUUGAUUCAGUGAUGAGGAAGAUGUUCACAGGCCUCAAUGUGGUAUUUGUGGAUGCCUGGGAGAUGACGAUAGCACAUUACCUUCCUCACAAUAUACAUCCUAUGAGAAUUAUUAUUAAGAAUGAAAUAGACGUGUUUCUUUCAUAUGUGUGUCUUUCUGUAACAUGA